AUGCAGCAGUCGCAUCCCUUUGACGAUAACAUCCUCUCCCGCCGAGCAACUCGCGCUGCUCCCAUAGAACCCUCGUCGCCGCCGCCGCCACCGCCGCAGGCGUCGUCACGAGAGGCUCCCGGCAUCGAGGCCGUGCUGUCGAGCCCCAAGACGCCCGUUCUGCGCUCCGUCUUCUCGUCUGCCCGCCUGCCGCGAAGCUCGUCGCUGAUCCCGCCGCUGCACGGCUCGCCGCCCAGCGCCAGCACUGCUGCUGCUAUUAAUACUGGCUCGCCGCCUCACCACGCAAACGCCAACCAGCAGACGCAUCGCGGUCCCGUGCACCCCCCCGUCAGCCUCAAGCGGCCGUCAACACCGUCGUCACAGCUCAACAGGGGCGCCAGCUCCGGAACGUCGCCGCAGGAAGCCUCUCGGACCCGCAACCGCUGGUCGACGUCGUCCAUCUCGUCUGCGUCCAGUCGCACGUCUCCUUAUGCCUCUCGCCAGGCCUCGAUAUCGAACUCUCGUAUCCGUCGCGCCAGCCUUGAAGCAGCUCUCCCCCCCCCAUCGGUUCCUCCUCCUCCUCUCCCACCCGCCCAGGCACCUCCUCGCAAACCGUCUUACACGGGCCAAAGCCGUUUCAACUCUUCAGACAGCGGCGCGACUCCCACUUCGGCACAUCCAAUGAGGUCGGAGUCGAGCAUGUCCAUGAGGCAUUACGAGAACGGCCAGCUACGCUCUGUAUCGCCCAAUCCCUACGCAAACCCUACCACCACUACAUCGACCACCGCCAGGAUGCCGCAUGAACAUAGCCACGACCCAUACGCCCCUAGGGGCCACUCAAGGGACCAUUCUGGGAAAAGCAGCAGAGACUUGGGCAAGCCCCGCGCUCAGAAGAACCCUUCUCAAAAAGCAAUGCUCUCUCGUGCGCUGCAAAAGGCCAACACUGCAGUACAGCUUGACAAUGCUCAGAAUUUCGAGGGCGCUCGAGAAUCGUAUGCCGAGGCCUGUGAUUUGUUACAACAGGUGCUGGACCGAACUUCUGGAGAUGAGGAUAAGCGGAAGCUUGAAACAAUUCGCCAAACUUACACCAGCCGUAUCGACGAGCUGGAUCAAAUGGGCCCUUGGCAAGACGAAAAUGUCAAGGCUCUACCCGCCCGCCCAGAAAGCGAGGAUUACAGCGCGUCUUUAUACAUGCAUCAGGACUAUGAGAUGAUGGAAGAGGCUCCCAGAGUUGAAACGGCAAGAGUUAUCAGUAUUAUUGGAGAUGGUAGUUCCCCGGUUGCGAAUCAGUGGCAGCAAGAUUAUACAACAACAGACAGGCCCACUCGCACUUUGGAACCAGGGAUGUUGCAGUCCUCAUUCUCUCGAUCUCCUCGGCGACUUCGCUCUACAGAUAAUCUCCGGGCACAGAGUCAACAAGAGGCUUUGUAUGCGCCGCCGCCCCUAUCACCUCGUUCACCGUCGCCAAUGAAGAUGCGUCCGGAGGAGUACACCGAGAUGGCACACGAGCAUCACGAACCUCAUCACCAAAACUACCACCAGCGACAGCCUAGCGACUCCGUCCUGCCUUAUGACAUGCAAGAUUUCACAGAAGGAACCCAGAAUUCAUGGUUGGAUCCAAUUGAUGAAUCAGGUGCCUCAACUGUUUCAUCUGUACAUUCGCGUACAUCAUCGCUAGGCUACCGCCGACGCCAUAUUAGGGCUGCCAGCGGUAACACGGAGGCUGAAUUCGACACAGCGCUGGACGCUGCUAUCGAAGCUGCAUAUGACGACGGUUUCGAGCCUAUGGAACCUGAAGAUUAUGAUACCAUAGACCCUAGUGAAGACGCCGUCGCAAGCGUAAUGCAAAGGGUAGAGAAGGCACGGGAACAAGUUAGACAGACUGAACAGGAAGCAUAUGAUGACCUAGCGAUGCUACGACAAGCGCAUCAGCAGAAUCAACAGCACCUCCAAGAAGAAGAGGAUAAAUAUACACCAGACGGAUUCUACGAGGAUGACUCUUCAGAAGAUGAAGAGAGGUUACUGGACGAGAUAACCCGCGACUUUGCAAUUGAAGAUUUUACCAUGGCGCAGCCGCAGUCGAACACCGCAACGGUGUCGGCCAGCCAGCAGGAAGCAUGGAAUGAAGAUGAGACAAGGCCAGACUUUAUAUCAGGCGUUCGAUCGUUUUCUGCUCUUUCUCAGAGACCGCCAAUCCCCCAAACCUCAAACUUGAUGCAACCGGCAGCGCCACCUCCAACUACAACAUUACCGGAAGUACCAAAAGGCUCUAAUUCUCCAUCCCAUGGCGUGCGAAACCGCCGAAUGUCUGGGCAGAAUCCAAAGCAGCUCAAGAUUGAAACCAAGAAUCUCGGGCAGUCAAAUACCAGAACAGUGUAUGACGACGACGAAAUAUCCCCAAGCACGGUGGACAGGGACUUGGUAGAAGCGUUGGUUCGAGGAGCCAGCGCCCAACCCGUAAAGCAACAUAACGCGGCAGAAAACGAGUCAAAGAUUCCUGGGUCACCAGGUGCUAAAAAGAGGCUGAUAGAUGGAGAAGAUGUGACCGCAGCUAAUGCGUCGCCUUCCGUCCACAGACUAAAGAAGAAUUUCUCAUCUUCCAGCUUGCGAAGCAUGAAGAAUCGAAACAUGUCAGUGUCACAUCUCGACGAUAACUCGGACGUAUCACCUGGCACCCCCAUGGGCAACGGUAAUCCCUUCAAGGCGCCUGCUGUGCCUGCGCUGCCGACGCCACUAAUUACUUCAUUCAGGGACAAUACGGAGGCUGGCGGUGGUGCUGGGCUCCAUCUGUUUGAUGACAAUUUCCAUGUGGCAGCCACUCCCGGUCCCCAGAGUCCGGUGGUAUCAAUGGAAGUUCCUGCGCCUCUGGAGCCUUGUCCUAAUGAUUUCAUGCUACGACCGUUUUGGCUGAUGCGAUGUCUCUACCAAACAUUGGUGCACCCCAAGGGUGGCUAUGUCAGCACGAAACUGUUCGUGCCGCGGGAUGUCUGGCGGGUGAAAGGGGUCAAGAUUAAGAACGUUGAAGACAAAGUUGCAAAUUGCGAUUUCCUCACUGCGGCGCUGCUGAAGCUGGCCAAGGUUGACACGUUUGAUGCGGACGCCGUAUUGGAAGAGAUGCAGUCCUUGGAGGGUGUUCUUGAACAGGUCCAAUCGUCUCUUGCCCGGAAGCUUGGGAGCGAAGUUGGAGUUUCAGGCGGCCAUAUCUUCAAAGAUGCCUCCGUGGACGGAGAGGGAGGCUCAAAUGUACCACGUUCGGGCAGUGUGUCUGGGAAAGCAUCCGCAUUUUCAUGGCGAAGACUUCGACCGAAGACAUCGGGCGUUGCGUUGGGCGGAUCAUAUAGCAACCGUAGUGCCAGUAUGGAGACCAAAGAGGUGACGACGCUGGCGACUCUUCCCAUGACGCCGAAGCCGACCAGCCGUCCGCCCAAGCGAGAUGUCAGCCAGGCUCAGUUUAUCGGCCCCAACGCGAUGUAUAUGGGCUCACUAGCCCGUUUAUUUGAUGCUGCGCAGGCAAUUGAUCAAAUCGCAAGACAAGUUGAAGACCCCGGCCUGCGACAUGCAGACAAAACCCAAGUCGGCUUGGAGCUUUGCACACGCCACGCAGCCGAAUUCUUUGGCUUCUACAUCUGUCGGUUUGUCCUCGCCGAUCUUGGCCUACUUUUAGACAAGUUUCUCAAGAGAGGAAGCGAAUGGUUUUCCGCCAAAAGCCACAACGACAUCGCACAGUCGUUGCUCAAUGCAAGCUUUGUCGAUGCCCAGAUGAGCCUGGCUGGGAGAGCUGGACGAGCCUGGACUCGACAAUGGCCGACGCCGCCGCGGAGUCGGGCGCUCGGCUGGACUAGCAGCUACAACAGCUACAAUAUCGCUAUCAAGCUGUCAAGUCGACAUCGCGGGUAUGCCUCGCAGGCCAAACCGACGCCUGCACAGCUCGAAGCGCGGAUUGCGGCGAUUCCGAUUGAGCGAUAUCGAAACUUUUGCAUCGUGGCGCAUAUUGACCAUGGCAAGAGCACGCUGAGCGAUCGGCUGCUGGAGCUGACGGGAACGAUCUCGGCGAGCGAUGCGAACAAGCAGAUUCUCGACAAACUCGACGUCGAGCGCGAGCGCGGCAUCACGGUCAAGGCCCAGACAUGCACCAUGAUCUACAAGCACGACGGCCUCGACUACCUGCUGCAUCUCGUCGACACCCCCGGCCACGUUGACUUCCGCGCCGAAGUCACCCGCUCCUACGCCAGCUGCGGCGGCGCCCUGCUGCUCAUUGACGCCAGCCAGGGCAUCCAGGCGCAGACCGUGUCCAACUUCCACCUCGCGUUUGCGCAGGACCUGGCGCUGGUGCCCGUCAUAAACAAGAUUGAUAUGCCGUCGGCGGAUGUGCCCCGCGUGUUGGACCAGAUGGAGACGAGCUUUGAGUUGGAUCCCAAGAAGGCGAUUAUGGUGAGCGCGAAGACGGGUAAGGGCGUUGCGAAUCUUUUGCCGGCGGUGGUGGAGGGGAUUCCGCACCCUAUUGGCGAUGAGAAUAAGCCGCUGAAAAUGCUUUUGGUUGAUUCUUGGUAUGAUACGUUCAAGGGCGUGGUUCUUCUGGUGAGACUGUUUGAUGGAACGAUCAAGUCUGGCGACAACGUGAUAUCCUUGGGUACGGGCAUGAAGUAUACCGUCGGCCAGGUUGGCAUUCAAUACCCCAACGCAACACCACAGUCGGUUCUGCGUGCGGGCCAAGUCGGCUACGUAUACUUUAACCCGGGCAUGAAGAGGAUUCAAGACGCCAAGCUGGGAGACACUUUCACCACAGUCGGUGAAGAAGAAACCCUCGAGCCGUGCCCGGGCUUCGAAGAACCGAAGCCCAUGGUAUUCGUUGCCGCUUUUCCCACCGACCAGAGCGACUACCACCGUCUUGCUGAUAGUAUCAACCAACUUGUUCUCAACGACCGCAGCGUGACGCUGCAAAAGGACUUUUCAGAAGCGCUUGGUUCUGGAUGGCGUCUUGGAUUCUUGGGCAGUCUUCACUGCUCCGUCUUUCAGGACCGCCUGAGGCAGGAGCACGGCCGUAACAUUAUCAUCACGGAGCCUACUGUGCCGACGAAGAUUGUGUACGCGGACGAGUCGGAAGAGGUUGUGCAGAACCCGGCUUUGUUUCCUGAUAUGAGCGAUCAUAAUAUUAGAUCUGCAACCUUGUUCGAACCCUUUGUCAAGGCGACAAUUACGGUUCCUGAGGAGUACCUCGGCCGAGUCAUUGAGCUCUGCGAAGGCAACCGUGGUGAGCAGCAGAGCUUGGAGUUUUUCCACACGGACCAGGUUAUCCUGACGUACGAUAUUCCUGCCUCGCAGCUUGUUGAUGACUUGUUUGGAAAACUCAAAGGCGUGUCAAAGGGCUAUGCAACUCUUGAUUACGAAGAUGCUGGGUGGCGGCAGAGCAAGCUUGUGAAGCUGCAGCUGCUUGUCAAUAGACAGCCUGUGGAUGCUAUUUGCCGAGUUGUGCAUUCGACGCAGGUAGAGCGUCUGGGCCGGCAGUGGGUCACCAAAUUCAAGGAACACGUCGAUCGGCAAAUGUUUGAGGUCGUCAUUCAAGCUAUCGUGGGCAACAAGGUGAUUGCCCGAGAAACCAUCAAGCCAUUCCGAAAAGAUGUGCUGGCGAAACUGCAUGCCAGUGAUAUCACCAGACGGAGAAAACUACUGGAGAAGCAAAAGGAGGGAAGGAAGAGGCUUAGAGCGGUGGGCAAUGUGAUUAUCGACCAGUCGGCAUUUCAGAGUUUCUUGUCAAAAUAA